GCCGGUUGUGAUGCUAUUGUCAGCCUGCACCCUUUCGUUGCGCAUUUCAAAACGCUCCAAGGCCGAAGCCAUUGAAGAGGACCAACCCAUUGGCGCCGUUCGAACAAGGAUCCCCAUUGUCUAUGAUAUUCUUCAACAGAUCGUACGCGUCUUAUUACUAUCAUUGAUCAUCUUAGGCUGUGUGCAAGAUAGAUCUUCCACUGUGCCUGAGGCUUGUGCUAUUGGCUAUACCUUGGCCUUAGAUGCGAUUCGUAUCUUAGCAACUCGAAACAAGGAGAACAGAUCAGCAAUUAUACAUCAUGUCAAUCUUAUUGUAUUCGUUGAUGCGGUAAUUGCUUUUAUUCAGCUGUCUCCAAGAGUUUUAUUUAUCAGCACACGAGAAACUCAUGGUAGCCCUUGGUUACCUUUGAAAUUCGCCGCAUCUCUUCUCAGCAUAUUCUUCGCUUUCAUCACGCCUCGGGAAUGGACGCCUCCAAGAUUAUCGUUUGAAUUGGCCCAUCGAGAACAACCGGCGCCAAGCCCUGAACAAACAUGCUCUUAUUUCUCUUACUUCGUCAGCUACGGCUGGUUGACGGACAUCAUCUGGACGGGAGCAAAAAGGCGUCUAGUAUCAGCGGACCUACUUCCAGUACCGGAAUACGACGAGCCUCUUGUUUGGAGAGAGCGGAUUCUAGAUGCACGAAAACGAUUCAAGACAACCCUCAAAACGCUUGGUUACACUUUGCGCCAUAACAUUGGCAUCAUGGUAUUUUUCGCCGCUCUUACGGCUGUCGUCGAGUUUAUUGCGCCUCUUGGGCUUUACAAACUCCUCAAUUAUAUCCAGGACCCGUCAGCCGCUACAAUUCGUCCUUGGCUGUGGGUUGCAUUAUUAUUCAUUGGGCCGACGCUGAGAUCGGUCGCCUACCAACAAUAUAUCUUCUCGAGUACUCGUUUAGUCGUACGUACACGACUUUGUCUCGUACAAGAGAUUUAUGCUAAGGCAUCGCGUAUUUUCGAUACCGACGACGCCGAACACGACAAACAGAAAGCAGAGAAUUCCGAAGAUGCCGCCAAGCCAUUGGACGAUAAUGGCAAGCCGAAACCAAAGAGAAACAGCAAAUCCGAGAGUAUUACAAAUCUGAUGGCAUACGAUGUAGAUGCCAUCUGGAGUUCCCGAGAUUUCAUCUUGGUUUGCACCGCCAGUCCAAUCGAAGUCACAAUGGGUGUCGUUUUCCUAUACAUUCUAUUCGGUCCAUGCUCCCUCAUAGCCUUGGCAGUCAUGUUGCUCUCCUUCCCCAUCGCGACAUUACUAUCCCGGAAAAUGUCCGGAUUCCAACGCGAAGUAAUGAAGAAAACGGAUCGUCGCGUAUCGCUUAUUUCGGAGUAUCUCUCAUCCAUUCGAACGAUAAAAUACUUAGGAUGGGAAGACAUCAUGGCAAACAACGUCAACACCGAGCGCCGACACGAGGAAGGAUUAACAUGGUGGAGGAACCUUACGGCCGUUGCAGUUGCAGUCCUCGGUGACUUCGUGCCAAUGUUUGCCUUGUUCACUAUGUUCGCGGUAGAUACACUAGCUCUCGGCCAUCCCCUUACCGCAUCAAGAGCAUUCACGGCGCUAUCUAUUAUCGAAACAUUAAGAUUGCAAUUCGUGUGGAUUGCGAAUGUCACGCGAUUUAUUUCCCAGGCUCAAGUCGCAUUCGGAAGAAUCGACAAGUUCAUGCUAGGUGAACAAGAAACUGUCAGACAUCCAGAAGGCGCUCCUGCUUUCAAUGGUGCGACGUUCCGCCGGGCUCAACAUCCGGACAGCUUCAAACUACAGGUCGAUGGAAAAUUCGUCGUUGGUGGUCUCAAUGUUAUUGCCGGCGCUUCCGGAAGCGGAAAAUCGAGUUUGCUGCUAUCGCUCCUUGGCGAAACCAUACUAGAAGAAGGCACCGCGACAUGUCCACGAGAUAUCUCCUACUCUUCGCAGAUUCCUUGGCUUCUUAAUGACACCAUUCGAGCCAAUAUUCUUCUACACGAGGACUAUGAUGAGAAGCGUUAUGACCGAGUUAUCAACGCCUGUGGUUUACGCCCGGAUCUUGAUAACUUCGAGAACAAGGAUCUCACGAAUGUAGGAGUUAAUGGAUCAAACCUCUCUGGUGGACAGCGACAGCGGGUCUGCUUGGCACGUGCCGUAUAUGCGAGAUCUCAGCUUCUCCUACUAGACGAUGUCUUCUCAGCUCUUGACUCGGUAACUCAAAAGCACGUAUGGGAGAACUGUUUCCACAAGGAUGUACUUCAAGGCCGUACAGUAAUCUUGGUGACGCAAAUGCAAGCCGCGAAAGAUGGCGCAGAUCUGGUCAUGGAGUUAUCGCACGGGCGCCUCGUCUCGACCACACGUCGCGGUGGUGUGACUGUAGAGGGCCCUCUAUUCCCACCGAUGCCUCAGCAAAUCCCAUUGAGACCCAAGAGGCCGUUGGAGAUUAUCACGGAAUUGAGCGAAAUCCGCAACCCAUCCCAUGUAGAAAAGAUUGAAGCCAAGGUAGACCAAGAAAUCGCCGGUCAGGGACGAAAUUCAAGGUUACUAUUCUGGCACUACAUGCUUUUCUUCGGCGGAACCGGACAGGCAAUGCUUGCUCUAUUCCUCUGCCUCCUCGCGCAACUCGCAUUCUUCGCUAUUCCCCUGUGGCUCUCCGUCUGGGUAGGCGCAUCAUCGAGUGAAGAUGCCAAGACCGUCGCAUUCUACGUUAUCACAUACGGCGCAUGGCUCCUUUCCUUCUCCGCAAUCUCCGCCGUGAGCCAAGCAUACCUCCAAUGGGGCGCUCGCAGAGCAGCCCAUACCCUACACAAGAAGCUCGUCAGAGCUGCUCUAUGGGUAUCGGUUCAUUGGUACGACAAGAACCCACCCGGUCGAUUAAUCAACCGUUUUUCUAGUGACACAUACUCCCUCGACACAGUCCUUGUCGGGUACCUCCGAAUCGCCAUUGAUAACAUAUUCCGCUUCAUGCUGCGGCUCACAGCCAUUGGGUCUAUCAUGCCUAUCUUCGCUCUCCCAGCGGCGCUAAUCUGCAGUGUUGGAUUAGUCUGUGCGGAGAUGUACACCCGCGCGCAAUUAUCCGUUAAAGCGUUAACAUCAGCCUCCCAAUCUCCGAUCUUCUCGUUUUUUGUGGAAAGUCUAGCUGGUAAAGCCGUUAUUCGGUCGCGCUCCGGAAUGCAAGAAGCCUUUGCGGAUGACCUAGCUAGGCGCAUGCGCGUGUAUGUUCGCGCCGCUGAGACACAGUACAAUUUGAACAGAUGGAUUUGCGUUAGAGCCGAUGGAUGCGCGGCCGUUAUUGCACUAUUUACUGGUGUUAUAGCCAUAGCCAUGGGAUCCAGUGCUCCGGCCGGUCGAUUAGGUUUCUCUCUAACGAGUGCCAUUGGUCUUGGACAGACAAUUCUUACUAUGGUGAGAAACAUGAACGAGUUAGAAGCCGAGUUGAACUGCUUUUACCGAGUCCGCGAGUAUGCAUCAUUGCCGUUAGAGAAUGAGCGCGAUGAAGACGAGGAAGUUGUUACCCCGCCUGAGUCGUGGCCAUCUCAGGGCAACGUGGAGUUCCGCGGCGUUACUGUAAAAUACGCACUCGAUGGACCAAAUAUCCUAGAAGACCUGUCGCUAACCGUUUCCCCUGGCGAGAGGGUCGCUGUGGUGGGCCGAACGGGAAGUGGCAAGUCAACGCUCGCGCUAUCGCUUCUUGGCUUCACGAACGUCACUAAAGGUGCUAUAUUGGUGGAUGGUGUUGAUAUAAAUAAGAUCCCACUCGAGGUGCUUCGUCGUCGAUUGACGAUUAUCCCCCAAGAACCCGUUUUAUUUAAGGGUGACGUUAGGUUCAACGUUGACCCCGCGCAAAUUGCUCCCGACGAGCAUCUAACAGAGGCUAUUGACGCUUGCAGUGCUGUAGAGUCGCUGAGAGUACGGUCGCAAGAACCUGGCUCCGACUCAUCAUCAGCAGCACCAUUGAAUUUGGAUACCCCGGUCGCUUCGGGUGGCUCUAAUUUCUCCGUUGGACAAAGACAGGUGUUAAGUCUUGCACGUGCCACUGUCCGUCGAUCUAAGGUAGUAGUGUUGGAUGAGGCAACAGCAUCCCUUGAUCACGUAUCCGAUGCGGCAGUACAACAAGUUCUCCGGUCGGCAUUCCGCGGAAACACGAUUCUAGCUAUCGUACAUAGGCUCUCGACUAUAAUGGAUUAUGACCGAGUCGUUGUUAUGGAAAGCGGGAAGCUUAAGGAGAUGGGACCGCCUCUAGAGCUUUACAAGCAACAGGGGACUUUCUACGGUAUGGUUAGACAAAGCAUUGAACAUGGAAAAGGAGGAGAGUGGACAUCGGAGAAACUUGAAUCCCUAGAAUCGAGCACUAGGACCUAGACAUCGGCACUAGCAUGGCUGCCGGGAGAGAAAGGUCUAGAGUAGCGGAUCGCAUUUCGCAAGGGCAUGGAUUUCAGAGCAUAUGAUAGAGGAUACAAGGUCAGCACUAUAGAAGCAUGCGCCAUGUUUGAUUGAAC